AUGUUCCAAUUCAAACUAGUUCUAUUGGGUGACUCAUCCGUUGGUAAGUCCUCGAUCGUUUACCGUUUCGUUAAGAACUCUUUUGACGAGUUUCGUGAAAGUACCAUCGGUGCAGCAUUCUUAUCGCAGACAAUCAAGGUUAAGGAGUCCGAUGAUGGUGAAGAGACUGUGAUAAAGUUCGAAAUAUGGGAUACAGCUGGUCAAGAACGUUACAAAUCGUUAGCUCCCAUGUAUUAUAGGAACGCCAACGCAGCAUUGGUCGUUUACGAUGUUACGCAACAAGAUUCGUUAGUCAAGGCUCAAAGUUGGGUUAAUGAGUUGAAGAACAAGGUUGGGGAUGACGACUUAGUGAUUUGCCUAGUAGGGAACAAAGUGGAUCUUUGUGACGAAGACGCUGAAGAUAAUAAGAGAGCAGUCGGGACAGAGGAAGCAAGGAGUUACGCCAACGAACAGAACCUUUUAUUUUAUGAAGUUAGUGCCAAGACGGGACUAAAUGUUCAGCAGAUAUUUCAAAGCAUCGGUGAAAAGUUGUUUGAAACCAAGAGCGAAGAGAUCGCAGCAGCCAAGAAUCGACAAAUAGGCUCUUCGAAUGACCAUGUCAAUGUGCAACUACAAAGAGCUUCCACUAACGAUCCAACAUCGUGCUGUUUUUGA